UUCCAACAACAUCCCUUCCUCUCUUUACAAAAUCUAUCUAUACCCAUCACAAUAUCUUUGGAUUAACAACAACAUUAGUCUAGAGUUUAAUUAUUUGUCCAGAGAUAUGGUUGCGUUUUCUGCUAAUCAAGGGAUAAUCCUUCUACUAGCUAUAGUUCUUACACUUUCUUACUCUUCCAUGUUGGCAUUUGGUUUUCCUCCAGGUCAUAGUUUCAACAACAGAAACAACAGACCCAGAACUAUCAAUGUCGGGGGUUCCGAAAACUGGCGCUUUGGGUUGAACUACACUGAGUGGUCCAUCCACAACGGUCCUUUCUUCGUUAAGGACACCCUAGUUUUCAAAUAUGAGGCGCCAAAUGCGACAACACCUCCCCACAGUGUCUACUUGUUCCGUGACUACUGGAGUUUCUUGAGUUGCAACCUUAAGAGAGCCAAGAUGGUUGGGAACUUGAAUCAAGGAAGUGGCAAAGGAUUCAAAUUUGUUCUUCAGAGAUUUCAACCAUAUUUUUUUGCCUGCGGUGAACAUGCUGGUCUUCAUUGCAAUCUCGGUAUGAUGAAGUUUGCUGUUGUUCCUUUUCCUCGCUGGAAUAAUGGUUAUUGAUAAAAGGUUUUGACGCGUCCCCAUCCGCAAUCAUAUAGCUAGUCCUGGACUAGUUACCAAAUAAGCGAGUCAAGUUCUUUCUUCUUCAUGUUUUGUGCUUCUGUUAUGUUUGUGUGUUUUUUUGUUAUCGUUUAAGCAUUUAUUUUCGAAAGUAUUACUAUGAUUUUAUUAAGGAAUUAAUGUAUUGAGAUUUAAAAACUAUAUUAAUGAAAAAGAAGACUCCAUUGUAUUUCCAUACAAGUCUAACUUUUAUUGCGAAUGAUUUAGAAUCCAGAUGGAAAAGAAAUAGCUCGUUAUACUUGGCAUUUUCGAUUUAACGGGCAUCGCAACCAACAUUAUAAUAAAAAAUGAUUAAGAUCUCUUCAUUAAUUAAAUAAAAUUAAAUAUCCCGCCAACAAA